AAGUUGAAAGGUUAAAAAAGUUAAACCAAAAUUAAAUAUUUAUUUAUUAAGGGUUUCCACAUAAAAAACGAUACCUUGCGUUUCCUACUUAAGCAUGUAUGUAAAUCGAAAAUUAGUUAAAUCAAAUAUGGCGACUUAGCCGUCGUGUGUAGGUAGCACAACAACGAAUGUUCGGCCAUUUUGAAUAAACACGUAGGAUCCACGAAAAAGGUCCGAGAUGACCAUCGUAUGCACACACUCAUUAGCUUCAAAAUAGUACAGUAUAGCACAAAUAAAAGGCGUUCUUAUCCCCACCACCGUUUCGAUCGGUACUAAGCUGGCCACGACUCCCCUCUAUCUCGUAAUGGUGCCGAGAAACAAGCUCGCAUCGUUCAAACACUUGUUCGACCGUUCUCUCCGUACUGCCUGCUUUGGAAAUACUGUUCGCAUUUUCGAAUGAACAUUGUGUUAGUUGAUAGUGGUGUGUUGAUAACGAACGAUAUGUCUACAAAACCUGAUUAUCAACGAACAUACGGUGUAGACGGUUACGUCGACGAACAAGGUCAGUACAGCCCCGCCUCCCAGCCGGACGGGGCGGGUCAGUCGCCGCAGUCGCGGGCGGCCACGCCCCUCGGGUGCAUCACGUACGCAACGUCGACGGGCGGCGCCGAAAACGGCGACCACGACGAAGGCUACGCAUAUGCCACGCAGCUGACCAGGCCAGAUGGCUCCGGAUAUUUUCCGGUCACUUUUAUGGACGACAGCGGGCCCAAAUAUUGCGUGGUUGAAGUGAACGACGGUUCGGGCAGUACUGAUUUUCUGCAGCUGGGCGCCCCAGGAGGUACCGUGGUAACGGACUCUCCACAUGGCAGUGGCAGCCACAGCCCUUUGUCUCCGGGCACCGCCAGGGCUUACGAAAACUUGCACGCGGUACCGCAGAACUCGGCCAGCGCAGACGACCAUCAUAUGGAGGGAACGCAGCUCACUCAGCUGACCAGUCACAGCUACGCUAGCGAGAUGGACUCGCCGCCCAGCUCGCUUUAUGCAACAAGGAAUACAAAUUCCUAUUCAGGAAAUAUACCUUAUUACACCAACACAGGAUCUCCAGAACUUCCUCAAUCAACGCAAAUGUGGACAAAUUCAGGGGUAAACUCAAACCUCGAAGACUACUCGAAGGUGAGCACCACGUUGCCAAGCUUCCAACGACCUCUGACAUCACCAUUUCAGGCAGCGAACAAUCACAGAGUGACGCAAUACGACUCGUUGCCAAACAUCAUCAACGGCACCUACGAUUGGCAACAGCCGACCUACGUUGAUCAAAGCAGAGCCAUCCACUACGGAACAUCGCAAAACACCCAGCGAAAUCGGCUUCCAGCUUCAGCUUCGUUGUCUGCAAUGGCGGCUGAGCCAGGACAUGGGGGUGUUUCUGAGUACUACAAGAACUACUUUGGGUAUAACGGGACACCGCGUACUCCCACAUUACAUACUAUCGAAGAAAAAUCCACUGGUCGACGAUUGUCAGCUUCAAGAAGGGUGGGAUUAACCUGCACCAACUGUCACACAAGUAACACUUCCUUGUGGAGAAGAAACGGUUUGGGAGAACCAGUGUGCAAUGCAUGCGGUUUAUAUUUCAAACUGCAUAAUGUGAACCGACCAAUGUCUAUGAAGAAAGACCAAAUACAGACUAGGAAAAGGAAGCCAAAGGGUAGCAAAGAUAACAGUUCUAAUGCUAAUGCACAGAUCAAGAAAGCUCCAAUUGGUAUGAAUCUAGAAGCCACUGGAUAUUUAUCCUCAUCAUCACAUCAAGGGGUUAAAGUAGAACCACAAUUAGAUGAAUACAGAGCUCUACCAUCUCUACAUUUGCAACACAGUUCCACUCAAAACUACAGUUUUCUCAACAACAGUCAGUCUCAUCAGAGGUUAUCUCCAUACACCAAUCACCAAUCACCAAUCUCUUCCAAUGCUUACUACGACAUGCAGCCUAGUCCAAGCCCCCCAUCACCAGAUUCCGACAGCGAAAGUCAACCUCACAUAGUUAACAACAAUAACAACAACAACACAAAAGUCAUAAUUGGCAGUGAUCACAAUUUGGAAAACAAACCAAUCGUCCUUUCCAUGAACCGUCUCACUAUGACUAAAGAAUAAAAAUAUAAUAUAUUCAAAAAUUGAAUUUAAUGUACAAAUGAUUGAAACGUCUUGCCUGAAAUUUGUAAGUGUAUGCAAUAAUUUGCUUAGGGUUGUUUAGGAAAAAUAAAAUUUAAUAUUGCUGUGAUAUUAAACAUUUCAAAGAUCUGAGAGUUAAACAUACACAUUUCUCAAAAUUGCAUUCCAACAAUACUCUACUCUAAAAUUACUGAAAAAAAUCUCAAUAAUUUACCAAAGACAACCUUAUAUUGUUUUUAUUUAUAUUUAUAAUAUAUCGACAAUGUACAUAUUUAGCUAAUAGUUAGUUUCGAAAUGUUUCAGCACAGAGUUCAGAUUUUGCUUGUCUGAAUAAUGAGUGUAAAUUCUAAUCAUAAUGCUUUUUUCUUUGUUGUUUCAUCGUUUCUAAACAAAAAACAACGUAAACAUUUAUUUUAUAGUUUUAAGUAAGUAAUCUAUAGUUUUUUUCUUUAGUUUUAUUAUAGUUUAUACAUCCCGUUUUUUGACUGAUUUAUGUCUGGAUCAUUUAAAGAUCUUAUUUGUAAUUGUAAAUAAGUUAAAGCUUGUUUGUUUUGUUAAUUUUACUGAUAUAUAUUGUAAUUAUAUAGAAUAAAUAUUUGAAUUGUAUAUUUUAUAUUUUACAAUGUAAAAUUUUAUUUGGAAAAUGUUUUUAUACUUAA